GGAAACUGGUACAGGGUACUAUGUAGGUCAGUAAGCCUGUUAUGCAGACCGCCUGUUCACCCCCACACACGCACAGCCCCUGUAGCCACACCCCAGUCCUGUGCGGCUGUUACCACGCAUUCUCCAUCCACCUUCCUGGGACAACAAGACCUGAAGUAAGCCACACAGCUUUCAGGUUCUUCGCCAAAGCUUGGAUUCAUCGAGGUGGUAAAGAAAAUGUCCUAUUAUCCGAACAACCCCGCUUAUGCUGCAGACCCAAAAGAUAUUCAGCUUCAGACCGACUACAGAUACGGAGGGUCACACCCAGUUGUGGCGCAGCCAGCGUCGUCCACUAGUAACACUACAGUCAUCAUCAACCAGACGGCAGCGUAUCAACCGCCGCGGAUGUGGUCCACCGAUAUGUGUGGCUGCUGCGAAGACAUAGGAAUCUGCUGCUGCGUCGUCUUCUGCGAGGUCUGCGCGUCCAUUCAGCUGUCACGUGACAUGGGAGAGCACUGCUGUGUACCUUGCUGCGUCCCUGGCUGGCUUAUCGUUCUUAGAACAAAGCUUCGAAUGCAGCAGAACAUUCAGGGUACAGUCAUGGAUGACUGCUGCAGAACCGUUUUCUGCGGCUACUGUGUUCUAUGUCAGAUGAUGCGAGAAGUAAAACAACUAAAGAAUUCGGGCAUCAAACUGUAGAAAAGGCAUCUGACAAAAACCUUACUGGCUGUACGACCAUCACCAAGAACGAUAACUGACAACUAAAAUGGACAGCUAGAGUUAUAGUUGUCGCUGUAAUUAUUCCAGCAUAUUCGAGUCUAUAUCUCGCAGCAGUUUUAUGUCUUUUUUCUCUUUGAUCGCACAGACGUUGCUCUCUAAUAAAAGAAAAAUGGCGAUGGUCCUUAAAGGUCCAGAUUCAAUAUGGACUAACGGUCGGCGUCCAUUACAAAAAUCGCAUACAGCGUCUGUCGUCUGCUUAUCCCAGUCCACACGGGACACGAUAUGCAGAAAAGCAGGCCAUUUAACAACUCUGUCAAACAAAAAG